AUGCCUUCAUAUGCAAAAUUCAUGAAGGAGUUGCUGUCCAAGAAGAGAAAGUUAGAAAAUGACAAGACAGUCCCUUUGACUGAAGAAUGCAGUGCUAUUUUGCAGAGAAAGCUGCCUCAAAAAUUAAAAGACCCAGGCUCAUUCAGCAUUCCAUGCUCUAUUGGAAAUUGUACAAUAGGAAAAGCUUUGUGUGAUCUUGGGGCAAGCAUCAACCUUAUGCCUCUUGCCAUCAUGAAAAAACUUGGAAUAGAGGAAGUCAAGCCAACAAGCAUCACUCUACAACUUGCGAACAGAUCAUAUACUUAUCCAUAUGACAUGGAAGUGGAUGUCGAUAUUCCUCUAAUAUUGGGAAGACCCUUUUUAGCUACAGGGAGAGCUUUGAUUGAUGUGCAAAAAGGGGAAUUAAUGCUUAGAGUGCAGGAUGAAAAGGUUACCUUUAAUGUUUUUGAAGCACUCAAACAUCCUAGUGACGAUAGUACUUGCAUGAGAGUUGAUAUCUUAGAAUCUAUUUCAUUUCCUCAAUUAAUUGAUAAUGCUAAUGAAUUUUCUAUGUUAAGGGAAAUUAUAGUUGUAGGAAAUUCACAAGAUGCUGUAAAAAGAGAAGAAAAAUUCAUGGAAUAUGUGCAGCAACUUGAAACACUGCCUAUCAUCCCUUUAUCCAAAAAUUCAGCAAGAGAGGAGCUGAAAAAAGAAGAGGAAGAAGAGAAAGUGGAGAAACUUGAGCUGAAGCAAUUGCCAUCUCACUUGAGGUACUCUUUUCUAGAUCAAAGACAUCAAUAUCCAGUGAUUAUAAGCAAUAAUCUUAAGGGAGAUGAAGAAGAAAAGUUGCUGAGAGUUUUAAGGAAUCACAAAUAUGCAAUUGGAUGGCACAUCUCAGAUUUGAAAGGUAUUAACCCAUCCUUUUGUAGACAUAGAAUUCUGUUUGAGGACAACUACAAGCUAGUAGUAUAG